AUGGAUACACCGAAGACAGCGAACAGUGAAUCACGUCUGGUGGAUCAGUUACCGGAGAACGAUGUCACAUUGACGGAACAGAUUAAUCGACAGACUCGAGAAAUUGAAGAUGAGGUAAGGGAGCGGCAAGCACUGGUUGGCGAAAAAGAGCCAAUGGGCAAUUUGCUGAACAGUUAUGAUCGGCUCACCAGUGCC